CAGAAAUCCCUGUAAGAAAGAGCGACAGGGGGAGAGAAAGGAGUUUAGAAAAGACCUGCAGCAGAAGGAGCGACUCUGACUAGAAGCGCCUCUGAAGUUCAGCAGAAACAGAAUCUGAGGAUCAUUUUCUAAAACCCGCUUCUAGCCACAGACCGACCAUGAUCCGGGUUCUGGACGCCGUCCUGCCGGCGCUGCUCGCCGCCUCCCUGCUGUGGCGCAGCGCGUCCGGCGGCUACGGGAUGAUGAGCCUGUUCGCGGCGCAGACCGCCCCCCCGGACCCCUGCUACGACGAGCACGGGAACCCGCGGCGCUGCAUCCCGGACUUCGUCAACGCCGCCUUCGGGAAGGAGGUGAAGGUGUCCAGCACCUGCGGCAGGACGCCGAGCCGCUUCUGCGUGGUGACCUCCGCGGAGAAAGGAGACCAGGAGCGGAGCCGCGACUGUCACACCUGCGACGCGUCCGACCCCAAGCGGGGCCACCCUCCCGCAUACCUGACGGACCUCAACAACCCGCACAACCUCACCUGCUGGCAGUCCGACAACUUCGUCCAGUUCCCGCAGAACGUCACCCUGAGUCUGUCCCUGGGGAAGAAGUUUGAGGUGACCUACGUCAGCCUGCAGUUCUGCUCCCCGCGCCCCGAGUCCAUGCUCAUCUCCAAGUCCAUGGACUACGGGAAAACCUGGGUACCCUUCCAGUUCUACUCCACGCAGUGCAGGAAGAUGUACAACAAGCCCAACAGGGCGGCGAUCACCAAGCAGAACGAGCAGGAGGCCGUUUGCACGGACUCCCACACCGACAUGUUCCCGCUGAGCGGCGGCCUCAUCGCCUUCAGCACGCUGGACGGCCGCCCGUCCGCGCACGACUUCGACAGCUCCCCGGUGCUGCAGGACUGGGUCACGGCCACGGACAUCAGAAUCACCUUCAGCCGCCUGCACACGUUCGGCGACGAGAACGAGGACGACUCGGAGCUGGCGCGGGACUCCUACUUCUACUCCGUGUCGGACCUGCAGGUCGGCGGCCGCUGCAAGUGCAACGGGCACGCGUCCCGCUGCGUCAAGGACCGGGACGGCAGCCUGGUGUGCGAGUGCAAGCACAACACCGCGGGGCCGGAGUGCGACAGGUGCAAACCCUUCCACUACGACAGGCCGUGGCAGAGAGCCACGGCGCGCGAGGCCAACGAGUGCGUGGCCUGCCACUGUAACCUCCACGCCCGACGGUGCCGAUUCAACAUGGAGCUGUACAAACUGUCAGGGAGGAAGAGCGGGGGGGUCUGCCUCAACUGUCGGCACAACACCGCAGGGCGCCACUGCCACUACUGCAAGGAGGGAUACUACAGAGACCUUUCCAAGCCCAUCUCACACAGGAAGGCGUGCAAAGCAUGUGAUUGCCAUCCCGUGGGCGCUGCUGGCAAAACCUGUAACCAUACCACAGGACAAUGUCCCUGUAAAGAUGGCGUGACGGGUAUCACUUGCAACCGCUGCGCUAAAGGCUACCAGCAGAGCCGCUCACCCAUUGCCCCCUGCAUAAAGAUUCCAGUUUCUCCACCGACGACUCCGUCCAGCAUCACCGAGGAGCCGUCAGACUGUGACUCUUACUGCAAAGCAUCAAAAGGGAAACUGAAAAUCAACAUGAAGAAAUUCUGCAAGAAGGAUUACGCUGUCCAGGUGCACAUCCUGAAGGCGGACAAAGUGGGCGAAUGGUGGAAAUUCACCGUCAACAUCAUCUCCGUCUACAAGCAGGGGGAAAGCCGCAUCCGGCGGGGGGAUCAGUUCCUGUGGGUCCGAGCGAAAGACGUGGCCUGCAAGUGUCCCAAGAUCAAGCCCGGGAAGAAGUACCUGCUGCUGGGGAACGACGAGGACUCCCCCGGCCAGAGCGGCGUGGUGGCCGACAAAGGCAGCCUGGUCAUCCAGUGGAGGGACACGUGGGCACGCCGGCUUCGGAAGUUCCAGCAGCGCGAGAAGAAAGGCAAGUGCAAGAAGCCAUAGGUGGAGAAAAAAGAAAAGAAAAAACAGGCCGAGCUGGAGAAGAAACGGGAAUCCUGAACAGGUUUUCAAAAGAACCGAGGAGCCGGGACAGAGGACACUGUUUAUGUUGCUGCUUUUUGUGUAGAAGCAUGAAGAGAAUAAUUUAGGAUGAUUUGUAUUUUCUAGUGAACUUUUGCUGAAGGAGCUCACUUUGCAGAUUUGGCUUCAUGGUUUAUUUUACCCCGACAUUUUUCCCUCUUGUGGAAUUUGGCAAAUUUGCACCUAUUACCAUAUAAAACAUUAUUUGUGUUUGUUUACUUUACUCUACUAUGAAAAGCUUGUAUUGUAUGCUCUCAGUUUUUUGGGCAAAGGACAAAAAGAUUCUUCAUUACAGCUGCAAUAUUGCCUCUGCAUGUAUUGUUUUUUUU